GACUGCAAUAAAAAAAAUCUGCAGCUCUCUCUCUCUCUCCGAGCCGAACGCCCGUCUCUCCUGCCAGUGUGUUGGUAGAGCGAGCGAGAGAGAGAGAGAGAGAGAACGCGACAGGAAAAGAGCAGCCUCUGUGUGCGCGCACAUUCGCUCACGUAUAGUGUGUAUAGUCGACGGUAUGGCAGUGUAGAAGCGAAAGAGAGAGAGGAAAAUAAAAGUACAGACUGCAGAGAGUGCGUACACGAGAUAACGCGCGGCGGGACAGUCUGAUCGCGGAUUCGCGGCGGAGGAGGAAGAGCGAGAGAGACAUACAUAAGGGAGGACGAGUUUGUAUGCGCAGCGGCAGGGAAGAGGUGGACGAGAAGAAGAGCCGAGAGCAGUCGCGCGAGUUUAGUGUAUACACGCACUGUGGCGGCGCCGACGACGACGACGACGACGACGACGAGUGCGAUGAGCCAAGUCGUCUACUGAAGAAGCGCGACGGGCGUUUUCUCGCCGUGGGAGUACGAGGCUUAUAGGCCGCUCUGCCCACUGCAGCCCGAGAGAGGCAAGAAAAAAACAAGUGGAGAAAAGUAGUGCUCUGGCACUCUGCUCGGUGCUCGUGAUAAAUGUAGCUUGGUGCGAGUUGCUCGACAGGGAUGAGUGUUUACGGGGACUUCCAACGGGUCUGGCUGGAUAGGUUCCCUGACAGCGCACUGCCACCUGACUGGGAGGAGGGUGUGCGAGUCAAUUUGGCCAAGCACAAGCUCAAGGUUACCACACUUAGGGAAGAGCUCGAAAAAGAAGAAUUUUAUGUCGAGUACCUUGAGCGACUCUUGGCAGAUGUUGAAAAACACAAAUUAGCUAUUGCAUCUGCAGCCCUAGAAAACAAAAAAUCUGGUGCUGAAUCACCAAGCCAACAAAGUUUUCAUUCACCUGAAACCAGUGUACUAGAUACUACAGCUGAAUCUGAAGAAGCUGAGGAUGUUGCUCCACCCCUGCCUGCCCGAGAAGAUCUAAGUAAAUUACAGGACAAAUGUGUUAAUGAAUUAAGUUCUACUUUGGGCUCAAGUAGGAGACCAAAAAGUGAAAUACCAAGAAGUCCUGAAAAAGUGCCUGAAUGUAGAAGGAAUAGCGACCCAGAUAAUUAUGUGACCGUUAUCCAAGUUACGGGUAACUCCAAAAAAGAUAAAAAUGAAGAAUCUGUGAAGGAAGAAGAUGAGAAAGAUUCUGAGAAAGCUCUUGAAGAUAGCGAAGAUGGUGAUGCAGAAGCAUCAGAGGAAGAACCCUAUUAUGAUUCUGUAGCCCUUGAUCAAACUGGAGAGUAUGUUUACAUCGAACCACAUGCCCCUGCUGUUGGAAAUAAUGGCAGCAAAGUGCAAUUACGAAGGCCACCUUCAUUGCCCGAUUCACCAGGAAAUCAAGGCAAUUAUGUCAACAUUGAUUACUUCCUACAACAUCGAGCAGCAAUGGACAGUGAAGAUGAAGAAAAUUCAGCUCCACCUAUCCUUCUGCGUACCUUAAGCACUGAUAACGAAACUGGUAGCAGUGAUGCUGAACCUUUAAGUUUAAGUGAAGGUAGUUUAGAAUCGCCGACACCAACGACUCCUCGUCGACAAGAUAAAGGCAAGAGUCUGGAAGAUGAUAGAACUUCGAUGGUUAAAUGUAUCAUCAAUUCUGUAGUUGAAAGUGAAGCUAUUUAUGUUGAAUGCCUGGAUGUUAUGAUACAGUACAUGAAGGCCAUCAAUGCCACAGUAAACACAUCACAGCCAGUCAUAUCUCAAGAAGACUUUAAUACUAUGUUUUACAAAAUUCCCGAUUUGCAUAAGUUACAUCAAGAAUUUCUAGAAGAUUUGCGAAAAAAGCUCGACUCUUGGGACAAUAAAACAACAAUCGGCGAACAGUUCAAAGUAAUGGCAAGCAAAAUUAGAGAUUAUGGCGCGUUCCUUCAUAAUUAUGCUCGCGCUACUGAGACAGUGCGCCGUUGUUCAUCGCAAUCCUCGCAGUUUGCGGAGAUCACGAGAGACAUACGACUAAGGGGUUAUCCUAAGGGACCGGGGCUGUCACUUGAGGAUCUCUUGCACAAGCCAGUCGCUCGAGUUCAAAAGAAUGCACUAGUGUUACACGAUUUGUUGAAGCACACACCACAGAGUCACGCGGAUCACGCGCCUCUUUCAGAAGCUUUAGCUAUGACUCGAAAUUUUCUUGAUGAUUUUAACAUUAUUCAAUCAAAGUCUCUAUUUAAGAAUCAUGAUCGGACACAGAGGAGACUUGUAAAGAAUUCAUUUGUUGUGGAGUUAUCCGAUGGUCAUAGGAAAUUAAGGCACUUGUUUCUUUUUAAUGAUGUCAUUUCAUGUGCCAAAUACAAGGCGUCUGGUAAAGAAAAGUAUGGAUUUGAGUUAAAGUGGUUCAUUCCAAUAACUGAAGUCGUAGUUAUGGAAGACGGUAUUGAGCCACGAGAAAAUAGCCCAGCAAACGUAGUAGUACUUAGAUCUCAAGCAUGCACAGUUAGAGACCAAAUUCUGUGGGAAGAAAAGAACGAUGACAAGAGAAUUAGACUAGGUGGUCGUGGUUCAGAAAAGAAUCGAAAAAAGUUAGCUGAGCUAGAAGCGCAGUUGGUUUUAGCUUCCCCGAAUCUGAUUCUCAAAGUGGGACAAAAGAACCAAAAUCGUGUUCAAAAUACUUACACGUUUUUCUUAUCUAGUGAAUUCGAAAGAUCUCAAUGGAUUGAAGCUAUUGAAGCUUUACAACAGGGUGGACAGCCAUCUGCAAAUUUACCGCUCAAUAUGUAUGACUUAAAAGCUUGGAUAGCAGCAUGUCGAACUUACUUACAAACAGACAUGGGUAGUUACUUGUUACGAUCUGGUCGGGACGAAAGUUUAUUAUUGGGAGAUUUACAACUCACCCUGUUAGGGCUCACUCCUCCUGGAUUAGAUCAUCCUGGUGAUCUUUACAUAGUCAUAGAAGUAGAUAGUUAUGGCCACUACUUCAAAAGGGCAAAAAGUCAUAUAGCUAGAGGCCAAGCUCCAACAUGGGGACAAACUUUUGUUGUGGAAUUAGAAGGAAGUCAAAACGUUAGGAUUUUACUCUACGAAGAGUGUGGUUCUCGUGCGGUAUUGAGAGGAAAAUGCGCUCAACGUUUGAGUAGAUCUUGGCUACUCGGAGACCAAGUCAAAAGGAUAUUAAAUUUAGGUCCAGCGAGUCUAGAAGUGUCCCUCAAAUUUAUUCCGAGUGAAGUUACUUUGCGACGAGUACCUUCUGCAAAACCACAAGGACUUUUUGGAGCUAAAAUACAACAAGUUUGCAAGAGAGAAAAACGCGAUGUACCUUUUAUAGUCACGGCGUGCGUGCGUGAAGUCGAAAAACGAGGAAUGGCAGAAGUCGGUCUAUACCGAGUAUCUGGUUCGGCUUCGGAUCUAACAAAAUUACGCAAAUCAUUCGAAAGCAACUCAUAUGAAGCUGAACAGCUGUUAAAAGAGGUCGAUGUUCACUCGGUGACUGGCGUAUUGAAGCUCUACCUGCGUGAGAUGCCUGAGGCUCUAUUCACCGAUGCUCUCUACCCAGCCUUUUUCGACGCCUAUCAAAGUGGCGAGCUCUCGCGGGGCAGUGCCUUACGCCGUGCCUACGAUGGCCUUCCACAGGUCAAUAAGGCUGUCAUCGACUUCCUUUUGUCGCAUCUGAUUCGAGUUAACAAGCAUGAAGAUCAGAACAAGAUGUCCCUGCAUAAUCUCGCUACUGUGUUCGGGCCAACGCUGCUACGUCCGGGGACGAGCAACCGUAACGAUGCCAAGAAUCGCGACCCUCUUGCUGCUGGGACCGUGGAUGUCAUGGCGCAGGCCGGGAUACUCUACUGCUUUUUGCAAUUACAGAUGCAUCAGAACAAUCAAUCGUCACUCUAGUCGACACGCGUAAUAAUUAGCAGUUUUUUAAAACACAAAAAUAUAUAUGCGUAUUUCGAGCAACGAUUAUCGAAUACUGGAUUCGGGCGUGCAACCCUACGUCCCAACCCUACGCCGACUUUAGACUGGUUCGGAUCUUUGCUUGAACCAUAUUUUUGUUGAACCAAUGAGCUUAAGUGAGUUUUUUGUUUCGUUUUAGAAAUACGUGAUUAGUGAUGAUUUGAUUUCGUAAAUCAAUAAGUCCUUAUUGGAUUUUUAAUUUUUUUACUGAUUCGUAUAUUUGAUUUUAAUGCAAAUCUUCUUGAUUCUUGAUGACGAUACUCUGAAUGACUGAGAAUGUAUGAAAUAAUAUUGUGGUAUUUGAAUGCUAUUUCUAUCCAAUUAUAAAUAAAGUGAAAAAAUUAAAAUGUUUAGAUGUACGCUUUAAGCUUGGCAUGCGUUUGUUUUUCGAUUUUAAACAAAUAUUAACAGUUAUUUAAAAAAUACUGUAUUUAUAGUAUAUUUUUCGCAUCCUUCGGUAGGAUUUUAUUAUUAUUAUUUUUUUUUCUGUAAAAGAAACAUCUAUAAAUGCAUAAUAAUUCAUUAAUCACUUUGAUAAAACUAACAUUGUUAGCAAAAAUAUGGCUCGUGCAAAUAAAAAAUAGAAAGUCUAUUUUAAGCGACAGAGGGUGUCCGAGUUUUACCCCUUUCACUUCUCGAAAUCCGAGAAGAUAUCUGCGGAUUUUUGUAUAAUGUGUAUUUUCUUAUAGCCUGUGCAGACAAUUUUUAGCAGCUUGACCCGAAUUAUACAAAUCGUAAACGGAUUGCUCAAUGAGUAUGAUAUUGCGUGGACGAAAUUCGCACUCAUUCACAAAGUGAUAUAUUUUAUACUUCGCGAUUGUAUACCGUCUAUAUUUAGGAAAACUAAUAAAAAAUACAUUCGGAAAAUUAAGCUUUUUAUACAAGAAAUGAAAUACUUAUAAAAGUAAUUUGAAAGGAAGAAUCGCGCGAACUUGUUCCUACGGAAAAGCCGACAGAUCCUCUUCGCGUAUUAUUCUUUUGACAGUCAUGUAAUGUAGGGAAUCGAUUUUGAUCAUGUUUCCUUAUAAGUUUAAAAAUUUGAAUGACGUUCCUUAAAAUUAACGGGAUAAUCAUGGGUUCUUAUAAAAACAUGAAAGAUAGAUUGAAAAAAUGAGCUUUUCAAUAAUUCAAAGUAAUUUUUUAAUCUUUCUUUAAACGCCAACUCGCCAAAAUACACAGAAUCAAUUUUCAAUGGGAUUGUUCCGUUAAUUUGUAAUAUUUAAAAUCGUCCAUUCCGUUUGUCUGCGGAGCAUCUGAUUCUUUCUGAAACAUUAAUAACUUGUUUUAAAUGACUUCCUGCUUCUCUAAGUCGCUUGUAAAUGUCAGCAGAUGCGUGAAUUUACCAAGGCAAUGUGAGUUCUGGUCACUCGAUUAAUCGGCGAUUGAACAGGGCAUUCGGAAACAGUCGCGGGCAUUUUUCGUUUAUUAAAAAUUCAUCAAAUUAUGUAUACGUUUUAAGAAGAUUUUAAAAGAAAUGCAUAAGUAAGAGCAUUAAGGCCAAUAAUAAAAACUCACUAAUGAAUUAAAAACAAAUUUUAUUGUGCUAACGUUGGCAUAAAAGCUCUAUCAAAGAAAAAAAAUACAAGAAAAAUAUUCAGACUAAUGAAAAAGUGCCUGCUUUAACGUAAUGAAAGAUGCUCAUGCCUGUUAUAAAGAUAACCGCGACGCCAAAGAGAAAGCUGAUCUCUGCCCUUUGUGCGCACAUCGCAGGGAAUCACGCUAACUUCCUUCGGAGGAAACAUUUGGCAGUACAAAUUAUUAGCUAUUUUGACUAUGCCCUGAGUCGAGGGCAAAAUGAAAAAUUGUGUAAUGAGAAAUCCAUUGGUUUAUGAAAAAAAAUAAAUAUAAUCAAGGACUUGAUCUGGAAAUUAUUCCAUUGAUGUUUUGCAACCUAAACAUGUAUUGACUUGGGAAUUGAAAUGAUUUUUGAAAAUUAUAUGAUCCGAUCUGAAGAGAAUUUCAGAUACUCUGACGGCCGUCAGAUUACCUUUUGUCAAAUGUGACUAAAGAUUGUGCAAGACAUUUUGAUUAAAGUUAAUACAUGGAUAGUUUGUGAAAUAUUCGAAUGCACGCGUAUGUGAGAAUUGUAUGUUGAAUGUAUGUGAGUGCGCAAUGAUCCGCCUGUAAUAUGUAUUAUAUCGUACGUGCGAUACGAAGUAUUUCUUUUAGUUCUGCAGUAUGAUGUGCGUUUUUUCUGUAAUGCGUGCCGAAAACGUUUCGUGUAAUUAAGAUUCGAUGCUCGUGCACCUUCAUUCACGUAAAUGUAUUAUUGAAUUACAAUUGCAAGAAGAAUAUAGAAAUUAUGUGCAAGACCAUGUUGCGAAACAAAAAAAAAGGUCGUUAUUCUUCAUUUCAUUAUAUAGCUAAAGUGGUAUAAGGCAAUGCUGUCCCUCUUUUUUGUACAUUACUAUAUACGGCAUGUAAAGUUGAUCGAUCGCUAUUACUAUAUCUUAUUAUUAGAUUAUAUUAUAGAUAUAUAUUGUAAUAUUAAUUAUUAUUACGCGAAAUUAAAAUGGAAGUAUUUGUUAUUGAGCACGCGAAAGAGGGAGAAAAUCGAAAGCUAGCUUACAUACGCUGAUGUUUGCAAAAAGAAUGAUGAUGACGAUUAUGGCAUACAUGUAUACUUUUGUCAAAAGAAGGGUGUGAGAAAAAAGAAAAACGUUUUAGAACACUAAAUACACGGACGGUUUAUAAACUUUUACACAUACCUAGUAACGCUCUUUGCAUUUUUGCAUAUUUUCCGCCCGUGAACUUUUUUGUACUUUUCUAAAAAUACAUCGUAUGUUCGUCAGUUAA